AUGGGAAACCGAGGUCCUGAUGAAUGGUUAGAGACGGUGAAGAAGUGCCAGGCGUUGACAGAGAACGAGAUGAAGCAGCUGUGUGAGAUGGUGAAGGAGCUGCUGAUGGAGGAGAGCAAUAUCCAGCCGGUGCAGAGUCCUGUGACGGUGUGUGGGGACAUCCAUGGCCAGUUCCACGACCUGCUGGAGCUGUUCCGGACGACGGGUGGGUUUCCUGACGAGAUCAACUACGUGUUCUUGGGGGACUACGUCGACCGUGGGUACUACAGUCUGGAGACGUUCACGCUGCUGAUGUGUUUGAAAGUGAAGUAUCCGUCCAGAAUCACUCUGGUGCGAGGCAACCACGAGUCGAGGCAGAUCACGCAGGUGUACGGGUUCUACGAGGAGUGUCUCAACAAGUACGGGUCCACGACGGUGUGGAAGUACUGCUGCCAGGUGUUCGACUUCUUGACCCUGGCGGCCAUCAUCGACGGCAAGAUCCUGUGCGUGCACGGGGGACUGUCGCCGGAGAUCCGGAUGCUCGACCAGAUCAGAGUGCUGUCCCGUGCCCAGGAGGUGCCCCACGAGGGUGGGUUCUCGGACCUGCUGUGGAGCGACCCCGACAACGUCGAGGCCUGGCAGGUGUCCCCCAGGGGCGCCGGCUGGCUGUUCGGCAGCAAGGUCGCCAGGGAGUUCAACCACGUCAACGGGUUGAGCCUCAUCGCAAGAGCCCACCAGCUUGUAAUGGAGGGGUUCAAGUACCACUUCCCGGAGAAGGACGUCGUCACCGUGUGGUCGGCUCCAAACUACUGCUACAGGUGCGGCAACGUCGCGAGUGUCAUGAAGGUCGACGAGGACCUGGACCCGGUGUUCAAGAUCUUCAGCGCAGUCCCAGAAGACUACAUCCAGGCGGCCGCCGCAGGUGGCCCAUCAGGAAGCACUGCAACCCAGAGGGGAGGCUACUUCUUAUGA